AUGUUGUCGUCAAGAAAUGUGCUAAAUACAAUAAGAACAAAUUAUUCCUUCUUUCAACAAAUAAGAAGGUUCAAGAAAAAAACUGUGGAGAAGCAAGAUGGAAAAUUCGUAGAUUCUAUUAAUAACACAAAUGAGAAAAACAGAAGAACUAAUUAUCUAAAGGCGAAUUCAUUAAAUGUAAAAAACAUAAAGGAAAAAAAUAUUAUACUCAAUAAUAAUACAAAUAAAUUAAAUGAUCAAAAAAAUAAUGUGUCUACGAAAAAUAUAAAACCUUCCGGUAGAGACAAGAAUAAAACGAUAUAUAAUUUGAAGUAUAUAUCACAAAAAAGUGAUAGAAAUAAUAAUAUAAAUGUUUCUAAUAGUCCAAAUGUAUAUAUAAAUAAAUUACAUGAUUAUUUAGACAUUUCUAACAAAUCAGAAAAUGAAAAAGUAAAAAUUAAUAAACUACUAAACAAAUUAAAAACUGAAAACUUAAGCAUUCAUGUUAUUUUAAAUUCAUUAAAAGAUUUGUGUAGUCUAUUAUUAAAAAAGAAUUCGAUUGAUUUGGAUAAAUUAAUUGUUAUGAAUUAUGUAAAAAAUAAAAAUUCUUUAAAAAGGUUCAAAAAUUAUUUUCAAGAUUCGUUUGUACAUAUAGAAAAUUAUUUAACAAAUUAUAUAUGUUUCAUAAAUGAAGAUAAUAUUUUUGAAUUAUACAAAUAUUUUUAUUAUUUAAAUUAUCCUUUGAAUUUAAAUACCCAUGAACUUUUACAGGAAAAGUUAUAUCUGUACAUUGAUAAAUUAGAUAAUUUAAAGACAAUUCAAAUAUAUUAUAUCAUACGCUCAUUUUAUGAGCACUUUUAUUUAAAACAAGUCGAUUCUUUUCUUACCUUAGUGGUUAAUGAAAAGUUGCAAAAAUAUUAUGAACAAUUAAGUCUUGUGAAUAACAAAAUACAUAAGGAUGGAAAUCAUAUAUACAAUGAUUUUCUUAAUAAUGGAAAGUAUAUAAAUUAUACGUUUAAUAAUUUAUUUAAUUCUAAUAAUUUAAUAGAGAAUGUAAAUAAUACAAAUUCUUUUAUAUCAGACCAUAGACAUAACAAUUUUAACAAUUAUAUGUCCAAUGAUCCUAUUAAUGUUCCUAAUCCGAAUGAAAAAAAUAACAAUAAUAAUAAUAAUAAUAAUAAUAUGAUAAACGAAAAUAAAGAGAAAUAUAUUAAUGAUAAUAUAUCUUCAUUAUAUUAUAUGUGUGAUAAUAAUUUGAAGAAUGAAGAAGGUAUCUAUAAAAAUAAAAUAAAUGUGGAAGAUAAUGAAAUUAUAUUAAUAUUUAAAUAUAUACAUAACUAUCACGAUAAUAUGAACUUUUUUUAUAAUACAUAUAUUACUAACUUUAUACAAUCAAAUCGAACAAAAUUUUCUAUUGACACAUUAUUACUUAUAUUAAAUAUAUAUAUAAAAAAUAUAGAUGAAUUGUUUAACAAAAAUAUAUUGGAAAUAUUAUAUUAUAAUAUAGAAGAUAUGACAGAAGAUAAUUUAUUAUUAUUUACAGAAUAUCUGAAGAAAAAAAGUAAAAUGGAAACAAUGACAAAUACUACUAUAACAAAUAAUGACCAUAAUAAUGAUCAUAAUGGUAAUAAUUAUAGUAUUUAUUAUUAUAAAUAUAAUGAUAGCAAUAUUUAUAAUAAUAAUAUUCAUAAUAAUAAUAAUAAUAGUAAUAAUGCUAAUUUUAUUAUACGUCAAAAUGGAUAUAUAAAUAAAAUAACACAAGAAGCUAUAUUUAAUAAAAUUAUGAACAAAAUUAAAAAGGAUAAGGAUUUAAUUCUUCCAAACAAUCUUGCUCUAAUGUUUCUCAAUCUUCAUGAAAUAAUAAACAUAGGAACAUUUAAUACCUGUGAGGGUAUAAUCAAACCACAAGAAAAUAAUAAAAAUGAAAAUAUCAUGAGUGAACAAAACGAAAGUUAUGAUAAUUGUAAUGAUCAAAUUGUUCAAAUAAAUAAGGGUAAUAUGGAAAAGGAAUUAAGCGAAAAAUCAUAUAUAAACCUUUAUGAAUCCACAAAUAAUGUAACUAAUAAAAAUAUGCAACUAGGGGAGAAUAAAGAUUUUAAUACAUAUAAUGAUAUAAAUAAUAACAAUAAUAAUAAUAAUAAUAAUAAUAACAACAACAAUAUUAAUAAUAUAGCAAUGAACACAUCUAAUGGUCACAAUUCUCAAAAUAUCCAGAAUAAUUCCAAUAUUAAUAUAAAUAAAAAUCUUUUUAUGAAGGAAUUUAUAAAUUUUUGUGAUAAUUAUUGUAACAAUAUUAAAAACUUUUCAUCCAUCCUUGAUUUAUAUUUAAUAUAUAUAAAAAAUGAAUCAGUUCAAUAUAAGACCAUGAAUACGUUUGAAAAAAAAAUUAAGAUAAAUAAAAAUAAAUUAUCUCAAGAAGAUAUUUCAAAUAUUAUAUUAUCAUUAAGUAUAUAUCCUCAUCAUAAUACACAAAUGUUGAAUUAUCUAGAAAAUCUAAUAAAUGAAAAAUUAAUACAAGGAAAAAAUUAUACACCUACUAUUCAAUAUGAUAACAACAGUAUACAUAAUAACAAUGUUGAUGAAAAAUAUAUACAUACAAAUAAUUCGAAUUAUUUGAUUGAUAUAUCAUUAGCCUUAGGUAUUAGUGGAAGAAAUAAUUUAAAACUUUGGAAUUAUAUAGAUGUAGAUAAAAUUAUUUUAACAUGUAAUAAGAAGUUAUUAUUAUAUUUAUCAUAUAGCUUCUUGUUAACAAAUUAUGUAUGUCCUAUAUCCUGGUUUUUUAUUAUUAGAAGAAUUGUAGAAGAUGUUAAAAUAUUUAAUAAGAAACAAUGUGAACUUAUAUAUGAAAUAUUGAAAUGUACCGUUUUAUUUAAUUAUAUAGAUUUAAAUAAUUUUAGUAAAAAUAUUUUACAUAUAACAGAUAGCAAUACUAAAAAAGGCAUAUCAUUAUCACAACUAAAUUAUCAUAAUAAAAAAGAAAAUAAUAAUUUCUUAAAAAGUUUUCAUUAUUUAUUAAAUACAUCUUAUUAUCAUUAUAAAAUGAAAUUAUUAAAUAAUCAAUAUGUUUCUAAAGUACCUUAUGAAGAUAUUUUUGUUUAUUUAAAAUUAAAUUAUGAAAAAAAUGUAGAAUUUAAACAAUUAUAUAUUAUACCAUAUUUACUAAAAGAUUAUAACGUUAUUAUUGAUCCUUUACCAACCACACCUAUUCAUAAAUCUAGUGGAUAUAUUAUGGGAGAAAUACAAUUAAAACAUAAAGUUUUUCAAAAUGAUAAUUAUGUUGCUUUAUCAUUUUUUGAUGGAAUGUGGAAUGAAUUUAUUAAUCCAAAUGAUCAAAAAGACCGUGAACCUACAUAUAAUAUAAAAUUAUUAGCUGAACAUUUUAAAUCAUAUGUCGAAUCACACAUAAAAAUUAAAAUUAAUAAAAAUUAUAGCAACAAUAAUGUCAUAUCAAAUAAUAAUAAAACAACACAAAAUAAUACUAUUAAUACACACGAAUAUUUGAAAUUUAAAAAAUCAAACUAUCCCCCUGAAACAAAUAAUAAUAAAUAUUUAAUAAAUAAAACCAAUAAUAAUAUGCAUAAUUACACAAAUCAAAAAAAAUAUCUCAAAAUGAAACAGAAAAUUAUUAACAAAAAGGCGUAA